AUGGCACCACUCGUACUGAAGCAGCUAUCGGUGCUCCUAUGGAAGAGCUGGAUAAUCCGUCGCCAGCACUGGAUAUCAGGUCUUUUUGAACUCCUAUUCCCCAUAGUAAUUGGUAUAGCUAUGGCAGCUAUAUAUCGCAAUGACAUGUCACUGGACAAUAAGAAAUCGGGGUGGGAGCCAGCCAAAUAUUACGAUGACAAAAAUGACCAGAAACACUACAAUAUGAGCAAUAUAUUCGCACAAAACCAAGGGUAUGACCGGGAUACUUAUAUAUACUACGCCCCAAACACAUCGGACUUCGCCAACGCUAUAAUGAAGAACUUUCCUAAAGAGUCGGUCACAGGAAUGGCAUNCCGGGAUACUUAUAUAUACUACGCCCCAAACACAUCGGACUUCGCCAACGCUAUAAUGAAGAACUUUCCUAAAGAGUCGGUCACAGGGUUUGGCAGUUUUGCCACCGAGGAUGAGAUGGUUAAGUACCUGUUCCUCAGUGAACAGAAUGGCAUGUAUGGCGUGUUUUUGGAGAGAAAUGGCGACAUUGGCCUCAAAAUGAAGAUCAGAUCAACGGACUACUCGAUUGUAAACUCAGUGAAACGGUUGCACCCGGACAGCUAUAACGGAGGGCCGGCCGGUUAUGGUGACUCAAGCACCACAUACGAGCGCAAAUUUGUCCAGGUUCAAAUAGCUGUCAGUGAUUCGUAUAUGAAGUAUUUGAAAAUUAAUGGCAAGAGUAAGGAAGCGGGGGCGGACGUGAAUGAAGUGGUCACUCAUCCCAUCCCUUAUCCCUCAUACCUCAAGACUUCAUCAGUUGGUAAUUUAGUGGAGAUGUUAGGGAUGGUUGUGGCCAAAGCUAAGGAGAUGUUGAAAAUGAUGGGAAUGAGUGAUUGGGUGUUCUGGGGCUCACACUUCAUCAAUUACUUCACUAUUAUGUUCAUACAAUCCAUAUUCACAAUGAUUUUCCUUUGCUAUGGCUUCGGAGGUCUGCCGUUCAUAGUAUACAGCAAUCCAUUCAUAUUCUUCAUAUCACUCGUACUCUUCAAUGUCUCCACAAUAUUGAGUUCAAUGCUAUUGACCACAGUUUUCAACAGACCUGUCAUUGCCGUAGUCGUCAGUGUUAUCCUCUUUGAAGUCUCCCAUUCCGUACCGAUGGGUCUCAUGAGUCCCUCGUUUAACGACAACCUUGAGGUGUCGGCUAUUACUGGGUGGCGAUUCUUGACGUGUUUGCUACCCAACUCUGGUUUGCAGUGGGCGUUGAGUCUUAUGGGACAGGUAGAAAAAUAUGGUAAAGGUGUCACAUGGAGUAACCUGUGGGAGGAUGUGCCCAAAUACGGGCAUUUCAAUAUGGGAGCUGUUAUGCUAAUGCAAUUUGCGUCCAUAUUCUUCUAUGGUAUACUUAUCUGGUAUGUGGACAAUAUCUGGCCCUUUCAGUUCGGAAUCCCAAAACCAUUUUAUUAUCCAUUCCUUCCCUCCUAUUGGUUCCCUAAACGACAUAAAUCUGCGGAAACUAGUGAUGAGAUUAAGAUAACUAAUCUUCAAAAUGCUAAUCACUUCGAGAGGGAACCCAUGAAUACAAGGGUUGGCAUAAAAUGUCAAAAUUUAAACAAAAGGUUUGAUAACAAGACGGCUGUCCACGACAUGUCUUUGAAUAUAUAUUGCGGACAAAUAACAGUCCUUUUGGGACAUAACGGCGCCGGAAAGACAACGACAAUGAAUAUGAUAACCGGUAUAUUUCCGCCGACGUCUGGAAACGCGUUUAUCAAUGGAUUUGAUGUCAAGAGUCAGACAACAAAAGCGCGAAAGAGUAUUGGAUUGUGUCCUCAGGAGAAUAUAGUGUACAAUGAGUUGGAUGUCUACCAACACCUCAAACUCUAUGCUAUCCUGAAAGACCAUCCCUGGGCUCAAGUGGACAAUGAGAUCAACAAAAUCGUAGGUUUGGUUGGUUUGAGUGACAAAAAGCAUACGAUGUCUACACAACUGUCCGGAGGAAUGAAACGUAAACUAUGUCUCGGAAUAGCAAUGAUAGCCAACACAGAGAUCCUGAUUCUGGACGAACCGACCUCUGGUAUGGAUCCCGAAGCGCGUCGACACCUGUGGGAUGUCCUCCAGAAUAUCAGAUCCGAGAGAACCAUACUUUUGACGACUCAUUACAUGGAAGAGGCGGAUGCAUUGGGCGAUCGGAUCGCUAUAAUGAGUGAAGGAGUCGUGAAAUGUUGCGGAACUCCGAUGUUUCUGAAGAGGACUUUCGGCGCCGGAUAUCACCUGAGAAUUUAA